CAUUUCGUUGGUAUAAUUGAAGAUCAGUUCGAUUUUCAUACGUAUUGUUUACGUAAGAUGACUUUGGUGGCUUAUGUUGAACUGCUGAGGUUAGAAGAUGUGCUGAGGAGACACUCUUUCUAUUACGAAGCAGCGAGAGUUGCGAUCGAUAUAUAUUUACGAAUGUUCGAUCGUCCAGAUGAUUUUAAUGAAGCGAAGCAGAAUGGUGAAGGGAAUCUGAGUGCAUCCGAAUUGAAGAAACUGAAAAAGAAACAGAAGAAGGAGAAGGCGAAAGAAGCUUUUGAAGCGGCGAAUAAACAGAAACAACACAAUGCCAAAAAGGUUGACGUAGAAGUGGAUGGAUUUGCACCAGAGCCAUUGGAUCCGGAGAAGUUAGUGAAAGUAAGCGAUCCAUUAGAA